AUGUAUUUCUCUAUAUUACUUGUUAUAUACACGUCAUUAUAUACAUCAUACUGUAAUUCUAGUCCAUUAUAUUUUAUUUAUCAAGAAGCAUGGCCUGCAUCCUUAGCAUGGAAAUGUAGUGGUACACCAAUGUUAAAAGGACAACGUGUUCAGUUCAUUGAAGAAGCGACAGAAGUUUAUUAUGAUACAUUAAUGUCUGGAAGAUUUAUAGAAGAUAGAAAUCUAGACAUUGUCAUACCACCAAAUAGCAUAUUAAAAUCAAAAGAUUAUUUAAAUAUGCUUGAUCUAGUAAUACAUACAUCAGGAAAAAAUCUUGGUAAUCCAGUUGUAAUGCGGAUUAAUUGUGAAUUAAUGAAUAAUUUAAAAUGGGUCAAAGAAGUAUACAAUAGAGAAUUAUCCAGAAAUACAAAGACAUUUAGAGCUAUACUGGAUAUUAUUUAUAGGUAAAAAUCAAAUUUCAAUUGAUUUGUUUAUUCGUAAUGCUUUCAACUGAAUCUUCACAACUUUUAUCCGGUAGUUAAAAUGUUUUACAAAGGUGUAACCAAUUAAGUCGACCACCAAAAAGGCAUCAUAGAAUAAAAAAAGCAAUACAAGUAACGAAGAUGAUUUUAUGUAUGAGAAACUGAUGACAUUGAUGUCAGUAUACGACAAACAUUUUACUAGGAUAACGAGUCUCAACUCAGCCGAUGAAUAUAAAGAAACAAUAUUAUAGUAGUAGGGAGAAAUAAUAUAAGUGAUUGCUUGCGGUGGUAAAUGAUUGGGAUACUGGUAUACUGUCUAUAUACUUAACGGAUUGUCUC